AUCCUCAUUCCUUCGCUCUCACUAAUGGCAUUAGUGGUGUCAAUCUGACUCCAGGUCGGUGUUCUCUGCGUGCUUCCACGCGGUGACCACGUGUCUCUCUCCGGCCUGCCAGCGGACCAUGUGGAGCAGCAAGAUGGCGGCGCGGUGGAGUGGGAAAGACGGGGAUUUAAAUGCUGGUAACAGCGACCUUCUGGCCAGCAACACUCCCAGUGAGUUGGUCCCGAGUCGACGUGAUGUGGAAGGUGUGGCGAUGGACCCACAGUCCUGCAUGGAUCACUCAAUCCUGGCCAUUUUUGAAGACUCCACUGUCGCAUCAGAGGAUAAGAGUGGAGUGGAGGAAGAGAGUGAGACCCUGCUGUCGGCCCUGACUGAGAUGCUGGACAGUGUGGAGGAUGACGAUGGGACUCCCUUCGACACCCUGCCAGACACCAAGCUCCUCACCCACCCGGAGCGUAGGGAUGACUCAGUGGAACCAUCACUUGCAGACAAACUUAGACCAAGAUCCAAAUCACCAAAUGUAACAUUCACAAUUAAGAUUGAAGGAGAAAAGGAAGAUGAGAGCAAAAUAGAGAGAAGCAGCCCCCCACAGCUGUUCAGACAACAAAGUUCAACAUUGUUUCAUUCCAAAAAUAAGAAAGCAAAGGCUGAAGUUGAGGUUUUCACCUCAACUUCUCUCGUCAACCUGGUGAAGAUCAUGCACCCCUACUGUCUGAAGCUGCAUGUGGAAGAGGAGGGGGAUAAACUGAGGAGAAAGCACAACUUAUUCUCUCAGGAAGAGGUGUGGAAGUAUGAGAGACCCACUGAAGAGUGUGAUGAAGAGAUAAAUGUUGUGUCUGAUGACGAGGUAGCUGUGAAAGAGACAAAGGAGGGAGAUGAAAAGAGCGAUGAUGGCAAACUCUUGAAAGGUGUGUUGCUGAACGGAAACUCGUCCAGAGCGCCAUCAUCCAGAGAGAAGAAAAGGGUGCGCUUUGGCCACGUUCAAGUGGCUUCAAUUGAUGAAUCAGUGGAAAAGGGACUGAACGAGAAAAAUCUAACAAGUGGGCACACACGUGAAACUGUGUCGGCUCCACCGAACAGCGCAAAAGCACUUGAAAUUCCAGCUGGCUCAGCACCUGAACCCGUACCUGGGUACGAUAUUGAGGUUCUGCCACCUAAAGGUGAGACAAAGGCCAAGUCACUCAGCCUCCAACAGUACAGACAGCUGCGCCAAAAGAGACAGCCCCUGGUGGAGAAACAGAGGAACUACACCACCAAGUGGCCCUCUGUUUCUGAGCCCCCCAAGGAGCUGACCCCCAUCCUCUGUUUACAGGGACAAAGACAAAACAGCUGUGGACCAAAGACAGCACACCAUUAUCCAGAUGGUCAAAGAAGUGGUGCUGAUCCGCUCCAUAGAUCUCACACUGCUGGUUACAAGACCCAUCGCACCUGUGCUCCGCCCAGGCCUCACCCCUCAGAGACCAAAUCAUCCACUCCUCUAUGUCGCAGCACAUUAAAGUGCCCAAGGACUGAAUCCAAAAUCAUCUCACAUGCUAGUCCACCGCCAGACGUCACAACUAACACCAGAGUUACUGUGCCUGAAAGCAAAAUAAGUCCGGUAAAGAAACCAACACUGCUCAGUAGUGAUCCCCCAAAUCCCGUCCUCCUCCCCCUUCCAGUUAGCCAAACAGCAUCACCCUGCUCUGACCACUCCUCAUCAGAGUCCAAAGUGGAGUUCCUCAGCAGAGACUCCAACCUUGACAGCACCAGGCACUUUCAAGAAAUCCACAAUGAAUCCUCAGGCACAUCUCUUCAACAACAGCAAUCGUCCAUAGGGCCAAAGCCCAAAGUGAUGUUACUAAACCAGGACUGCACCACCCUGUUUCAGGAAAUUAAAAACAAGUUUACUGAGAUAGCUUCAGGUCUCUCCUCUAGAUCUCCAGCACUGUGCAAAACCACAACCGAAUCUUCCUCAGGGAGCAAGAAACUACAGCCUCAAAAAUGCAGCCCGAACCACACGAAAGAAACCAAACUGGAACCAGAGACUCCUCUAUCACCAAGUCCAGAUACAGUGAGUCAAAUAAAGUGCCCUUCCCUCGCGCCAUACUGCAGUCAGCCACCGUCUCACUCAUUGCCGGAAGUUCUUCCCAGUAAAUCCCCGCCUAAGGAACCAUCGCCUGCCCUUCAGUUUGUCUGUAGAGUGCAGAGUGCAACAGCUGACUCAGGAAUUGAAGCGCCUGAUCUGACCAGCCUGCUGGAGCAGUUUGAGGAAACACAAGCUAAAGAGGAGAGAGUGUGUGAGCCCAAACUUGUUAGUCCUACUUCAAACCUUCCAACAGAUGGACACUUGGACUUGGACAGAACUCAGCCUGUAGGAAGAGAAAGAGGCUGCAGAUCAGUACUGACGCCCCCUGUGGAACCACUUAAACCUUUAAGCACUUCAGAAUCACCGGGCACUCCAAAAACCCUCAGGAAUUUACCACAUCUUCAGAUGUCGGAGGGUGUGGACAUCCCAGAGCCCCUCGGCACUGACAUCAUCCUCAGCACUCAACAAGAUCUGCCAGCAAGACGCAAAAAUCCUCCAUCCAAGGCCAUUCAGAUAAUCGACCCCCGUCCUCUACCAUCCAAGAAGACGCACACUAACCUCUCAGAGUUCCCUGCCGCUCAUACCUCUGCUCACAUGUAUUCAACUGUAUCCUCCGAUCACGAUUACUGCGGGCCUGUAGACCGUUCACUUACAAGUGCUACUCAGCGUAGCAGAGCCUCUAAACUCAAGGAUAUUUCUAAAAGCACUGAUGAAUUGCAGGUGACCGCCCACGACUCAAGUGCUGCUGCCGAAUGCAACAAACAGACCUCCACCGGUGAAGUUACCACCACUGUUAGUAACUCUGCAAAGUCUGUGAUGCAGUGUCUCUCUGAGCAACCCAGAUCAGAGACAAACCCGUCCACAGAUAAAGUCCUGUCGCUUUCAGACAGUGCUGCCAAAGAGCAAGACCAGACAGCCCCGUGCACUCUCCCUACACCUCCACCCAGCCCUCCUGUCAGAGGGAGGGAGAAAAGGAGAUAUCGGAGAAGAUCUCCUCGUUCUGACUCCAGCUGCAGCUCUUGUUCCUCAUCGUCGUCGUCCUCCUCCAGUUCUGCAUCGCCCUCUCCAAAAAGACAAAAGCACCGACACAAGCGUUCAGAGAGCAGUUCAUGUUCGUCGUCGUCCUCUCGCUCCAUUUCCCGCUCCCCACCUCGGCGCUACAGGUGGUCUUACUCUCGAUCGAGAUGCAGCAGGUCGAGAUCCAGAUCUUGGACCCAGUCUAGGUCCCCAUCCAGAUCCCGAUCGCCAUCCCCGCGGAAUUGCCAUAGGCAGUGGAGAGAUGUUUACAGCAGCAGAGAGUCCAGGAAGCUCAGGAGAGAGCAUGAGAUGAGGAUUCAGAAGCUUAAAGCCAUAGAAGAGCGCAGGGUGGUGUAUGUCGGCCGCAUCUGCAGGUCUAUGACACACGAUGAACUGAGAGAACGCUUCACUCAAUUUGGAGAAGUAGAAUGUGUGUCGCUUCACUUUAGAGAUCGAGGUGACCACUACGGCUUUGUCACAUUCUACAACAUGAAAGAUGCUUUCGCAGCCAUCGAUAACGGCGGCAAAGUACGGAAGCCUGAUGAGCUGCCGUUUGACAUCUGCUUUGGUGGAAGAAGACAGUUCUGUAACUCUCACUACGCUGACCUAGAUGCAAACAGAGAUCCAGAUGCAGACCCGUCUCCUGCCAAGAGCAGGUUUGAGGACCUCGACUUUGAUUCGUUGCUGAAACAGGCCCAGAGAGGAUUAAAGAGGUAGCAGAGCUGUGUGGGAGGACAAGAACACAGAGCUGCAUGUGGCAGAGAUGAACCUCAGAGCCUUAUGCUCACACUUAUGUAGCAAAUGUUAGCAUGUUUUUUUUUUUUUUCAUAUUUUGACUCUUAAUAUGCAUGCAGUUUCUGAUGUGUACAGUUAAUAUGUAUGAAUAUGUAGCACUGUUAAUUUGAUUACAUGUUAUUAGAUUUCUUUUGCAUUCCAUAACACACAAAGUUUUUUACAUUUGUAUAUAAAAAAUAAAGGCUGUGUUUCCUGAUGAUGAUGA